ACCCGCUUUUGUCUUAAGGAGAGCAUCUGUCGGCGAGAGGCACUUUCAGCAGUAGGGGAAACGAGCCGGAGUCAUGAACGGAACGGAGGGUCCCAAUUUCUAUGUCCCCAUGUCCAACAGGACGGGGGUGGUGCGCAGCCCCUUUGAGUACCCCCAGUACUACCUGGCAGAGCCCUGGAAGUACUCCUUGCUGGCCGCAUACAUAUUCUUCCUAAUCAUCACGGCUUUCCCCAUAAACUUCCUCACCCUGUACGUGACCGUCCAGCACAAGAAGCUCCGGACGCCGCUCAAUUACGUCCUGCUCAACUUGGCUGUGGCUGACCUCUUCAUGGUGGUGGGCGGCUUCACCACCACCCUGUACACCGCGCUGCACGGCUACUUUGCCCUGGGAAUCAUGGGCUGCAACAUUGAGGGCUUCUUCGCCACAUUGGGUGGUGAGAUUGCCCUGUGGUCGCUGGUGGCCCUGGCUAUCGAGCGAUAUAUAGUGGUCUGCAAGCCUGUGUCUACUUUCCGCUUCGGGGAGAAGCACGCGAUCCUGGGGGUGGCGCUGACCUGGAUCAUGGCCCUCACCUGUGCUGUGCCUCCACUGCUGGGCUGGUCCAGGUAUAUCCCAGAAGGUAUGCAGUGCUCCUGUGGAAUAGACUACUACACUCCCAAACCUGAGCUGAACAAUGUGUCUUUCGUCAUCUACAUGUUCGUCCUGCACUUCUCCAUCCCGCUGGUGGUCAUAUUCUUCUGCUACAGCCGCCUGCUCUGCACCGUCCGGGCGGCAGCAGCCCAGCAGCAGGAGUCAGAGACGACCCAACGUGCUGAGAAAGAAGUGACUCGCAUGGUAGUUGUCAUGAUAAUCUCAUUCCUUGUGUGCUGGGUGCCCUAUGCCAGUGUGGCCUGGUACAUCUUUGCUAAUCAAGGUGCAGACUUUGGGCCUGUGUUCAUGACCAUCCCAGCCUUCUUUGCAAAGACUGCUGCUCUCUAUAACCCUGUCAUCUACAUCCUACUCAACAGACAGUUCCGUAACUGUAUGAUCACCACUGUGUGCUGUGGGAAGAACCCUUUUGGGGAGGAGGAGACCACCACCGCAUCAUCCAAGACCCGGACCUCCACUGUGUCCACCAGCCAGGUGGCUCCUGCCUGACCCCCUCAUCCCCUAACCCCACCCUGUACCUAGAACAACUCUACUGGGGUUUGUAAGCUGUUCCCCUCUGGCCAAUCUACUUUGAUUACCUCUUUAAUGCCCAUGCUUCCAUGUUGUGGAUCAUUCAAAUGACGACAUAUAAAAAGAGUGUAUGUUCUAGUAAUGAAUAAAUACUUUGGUGAAUACGUUUGUUAAUUUGUGAAACAGUCCUUCGCAAAAUUUCUAAAAUGCACGCAUUCCUUUAAAUUGGUCUAAAGCUGAAAUGAUUAGUUAAUGGCAUGGCUUAAAAUUAAAGCAAAGCAAUCCUUAAAUGCAUUGGGUGAAACCUGCUGCUGAAUCUAGCCCGUUGUUGAAUACAACUAUUCAGAGAGAAUGUCUGAAUCAUAUGUGUAAUGUGCAUACAAAUAUGUUAUAUGCUCUGGAAUUAAAAAAGCUAGGUUAUGUUCUUAUUGUGAGGUGAGGUGGAAUCAAAGCAAUACAAAACAUGUGAAGAUGAACCAACCAUUCCUAUUUUAAGUUAUAUUUUUCCUACCACUUAUAGUCUGUCAGCAUGUCAGCAUUUAUCAACUAAGCUUUUCUGUCAGUAUGCAUGACACCUCAUCCAGGUAAUCCACAAUAUUCCUUAAAACAUUUUUGAAAAAUUCUCCAAAAAUAAAUCCUUUUUUCAGCUACUUUUUGCAUGACUAGUCCGGAAGGCAAUGCACGGUUCUCAAAAUAGAGUCCUAUAAGCAGUCAUAAUUUUGAUUCAAUAAAGUUGUCACACCAUAUUCUGGUAAUCCUGGACAAUAUUAAUACCUUUCCUGCGUGUAACACAGGUGGUAGUCCCUGAAGAUUUACAAACCAGAAAAAAAUAUGCAGCCUGAUCUACCAGCUUACCCACUGCUUUAACCAUGUACAUAAAUGGUAUCAAUAUGGAGAGUAAAUAUGAGAGUACAUUUGUUUUCAAAAAUGUCUUUAGAAUAUAAAGUAGCAGACAAAUCAUAUACGAUUUGCUUGGCACUGAUCAUCUUUGCAUGGCUCUUAUAUGGCUCCAAUGUCAUUAGCAGAGAAACCAGAUAUAUACUUUUGGUGAUGUACAGUAUAGUAUAAUGUUGGUGUGGUCUUCCUUCAUCAAAAAUAUUUAUAAAUAAUAAACGUGGUCUUUAAAAAAGGUCUUCAAAUAUAUUUGUAUAGAUUUUAAACCAUAUUUGUUGAAGAAAGAUGAUUUCUCAUCUGUCUGAACAGAAAAAACACACAGGAUUUUUGUAUUUUUGUUCACAUUUUGGAUGCAAGCCUAUCAUAGUCUUAUGUAUUUUCCUGUUUUAAAAUUAAAUUGUUUUCUAAUCAUAAAUGUUGUCAAACACAUUCUUUCAUUUAUUUAAUCAUGAUUGUUAAAUAACCAUUAUUUAUUAUUCAUAUGAAUGUAAACUGCACACUUUAAGGAUUCCUUAGAAAUCAUGAGUCUUGGUGGUGAGUUGAUCAAUUUCUAAAAUAUGUAAAAUAAAUUGAAAUCUAACAUAUCCUUUCUCAGGAGCAGUUGCAGAGAGUAUGAGGAGGGAAAAUUUUCUCUACGCGUCUAUACCAUUAUUUUCAGACAAAAAAAACAAACAGGGUAAUUAAAAUAUUUUCCCACCGGAAAGCUUGAUCCACAGUGGGGACAGGCAAUAAUAACACUGUGGGAUUCUAUCCACAUUUCCGCUGAUACCAUGACUAGAAAUUACAAUAACAUUGCUGAAAGUCUCCAGGUAAAUUUUUAAAAGCGUAUACAUUUGUGGCUAGGUGCUGUUGCUAGGCUGUUGUUACCAUACUGCGCACUGCCAGUUGUGCUGGUUUUGUUAUAUGGCUGCUGUGCUGUUAUAUUAAUGGGCUACUGUGCAAAUUGUUCUGGUUAUAUUGGGCCGCCGAGCCAAUUGCUCUAGU